CAUGUGGAGCCAACUGUUGGGACAGAAAAGCUUCUCGUUGAGUCCGAAGUUGGGCAGGCUGCUUAUAAACAUGAACUCCGUGUCUUUCACUUUGGCGCUCGGGUUGUUCUGGUGUGCGCUGGCCACAGACUUUCACCAGGGAGUAAACUUGUCAGACUUGAGGAGGCUGCAGAGGGAGUUUGGCAGUGAUGAGGAGCGACAUAGUUUAGAGAAGUCGGAGAUUUCGAAACGCAGCGCAGGACUGAAUGAACAGACAUGUACAGCUCUGCCUGCAGCAGAGUCAGCUCUGCGAAACAACACCCAUUCUUUCACCUUCAAAGUGAGGACCAUGGGUUCACUGUCACUGGCCUGGGUGGGAGAUGGAUCGGGGGUGCUCCUGGUAUUGACGACAUUUCAGGUGCCGCUGUUCAUGAUGCGUUUUGGCCAGUCGAACCUCUACAGGAGUGAAGACUAUGGGAAGACGUUCAAAGAUGUGACGCACCUGAUCAACCACACCUUCAUUCAGAGCGAGUUUGGCAUCGCAAUCAGUCCCGAUCACUCGGGCAAGGUGAUGCUCACUGGUGACGUGUCAGAAAUCGGAGGGUUUAAACUGUUCCGCUCGCAGGACUUUGGCAUGACCUUUGUUCCAACCGACCUGCCGUUUGAGCCCCUCAUUCAGAUGCUGUACAACCCUGGAGACUGCAACACACUGCUGACGCUCAGUAUCACGUUGGACCUGUGGCUGUCUGAGGACUUUGGUGCCACCUGGAGGAAAAUCCAUGACAGUGUUUGUUUGGUCAGAUGGGGUCCAAAAAACAGCAUCUACUUCACAACAAACUACAAUGGAUCGUGCAGUGACAAAGGAAUGUUGGAGUUGAAGAAGACAGCAGACUAUGGUCGAAGUUUCAAGACCAUUGCAACAAGAAUUUACUCCUUUGUACUGGGAGGGCGCUUUGUUUUUGCCUCCAUCAUGACUGGCAUGGGUACAGAGCGUAUGAUCCACGUGUCAGUGGACGGUGGUGAGGUGUGGAACAUGGCUCAGCUUCCUACUGUCAACCACGAGCAGUUCUACUCCAUCCUGGCAGCCAAUCAGGACAUGAUAUUCAUGCACGUGGACGACCCUGGAGACUCUGGUGUUGGAACCAUCUAUGUGUCAGAUGACAGAGGAGCCGUGUUCUCCAAGUCUCUGGAGCGCCACCUUUACACGACCACAGGAAGUGACACUGACUUCACUGCCAUUACUUCACUCAGGGGCGUCUACAUGACCAGCGUACUCACAGAGGAUGGUGUUGUGGAGACGGUGAUCACCUUUGACCAAGGAGCAAAAUGGCAGACGUUGCGCAGACCGCAGAACAGCCAGUGUGACACUGAGACCUCCACCAACAGGCCUAACAGAUGCAGACUUCACAUCCACGCCUCCUACAGCACCACCAUGAAGAUGAACGUCCCCAUGCUGCCUCUGUCACAGCCCAGUGCUGUGGGCCUCAUUCUGGCCCACGGGAGCGUUGGAGACGCAGAGUCAGCUCUCUCCCCUGAUGUGUACGUGUCUGAUGACGGGGGCUACUCGUGGAUGUUGGCUCUCAGGGGCCCGCACCAUUACGCUAUACUGGACUCUGGAGGGCUGCUGGUGGCUGUGGAGCACACCAACUCACCUGUCAACCAGAUCAAGUUUUCAACAGAUGAGGGGCAGUGCUGGCAUUCAUAUAACUUCACCAACGACCCACUUCACUUCAGCGGUAUGGACAGUGAGCCGGGCUCUCGCUCCAUGAACGUCAGCCUAUGGGGCUACAGGAACGAUUUCAGUAAAUGGGUGGUGAUUACCAUUGACUUCAAGAAGCUCCUCACCAGAGACUGUAGUGAAGGGGACUAUGUGCAGUGGCUGGCUCACUCUGCAGACCCCAGUGGAGCUAGUGAUGGCUGUGUUCUGGGCUAUAAAGAGACCUUCUUACGCCUGAGGAAAGACUCUGUCUGCUGGAACGGAAGGGACUAUGCAAUUACUAAGAGGCUGUCCCCCUGUCCGUGCACAGUGGACGACUAUCACUGUGACUUUGGAUAUUAUCGUCCAGAGAACAGCUCAGAGUGUGUGGAGCAGGAGGAGUUGAAGGGUCGUCCUCUGGAGUUCUGUUUAAAUGGCACCACCGAACAGCUACAGACCAGCGGCUACCGGAAGAUUCCAGGAGACCAGUGUGAAGGAGGAUUCCAGCCAGACAGGAAGGAGACAGACCUGAGGAGGAUGUGCACCAGCAAUGCUCUUUAUCCAAAUUCUCUGACUGAAAACAGUUCACCCAACACUGCUGUCAUAGUGAUGGUUGUCAUAGCGAUGCUUCUGACGAGUGCUGUUGCAGGCGUUUGGCUGGUUAAGAAAUAUGUAUGCGGAGGACGGUUCCUCGUGCACCGAUACUCUGUAAUGAGGGAACAUGUUGAGGCUGAUAAAAUAGAAGGAGUCGAUGAUGUUGAUGCUCACUACAUGGAGACAGGAAAAGCACAGUACAAUGAAGACUCAGAUCAGGACCUCUUAGAAUAACGUGGACAUUUCUCCCACUCCAGGACUAAAUUUAACGCAGUCUUUCAUGACGCCUGGGCACUCCUGUUGCUCCCACAUGCUGAUUAACAUCUGCUUCUCACUUCUUGCUAUCCCCUGGUGGCUGGAGGACUCAGCAGCACCUCACAUUGCUUCCUCGCACCAGUUGAGUCUCCCUACAAAAAAAGGCCAACCAUUGGUUUUGGGGAGGGGGACAAACCCAGCGCAGAACAGAAGAGAGCCUCUGGGGUCCCUGGAGAGCUUUUGUUGUUUCUGUCACAAAGAGUUCUGUAAAGACCAUCGAGUCUGAAUACGCACUCUGUUUGUGCUCUGUAUGUUUCCUUUCAUGCUGACCUGAGAAAAGAUGGCUUUUCAUAUCGGGAUGCACUGCAGGAGCACAAUACAGAAUAGAUAGAGAAGCUUACAGAAUUUUUGAUAAAGAGUUAGGGAACAGCCAAGCAACAGAACAUUAUAAUAAACAGUAUUUCAGCUCAGAGACUACGUCUGCUGUCCUUUAAGUAUUUUUAUACAAGAUCCUGUUGUGCACGGCGGCCAUUUUAACAUUCAUUUUGUCAGCUUCACCAGCCACUAAAAUUAAGCACUAAUAUGUUUUUAGGUAGUUGUUUGAGUUACCUGCUAGUCACACGUUUUUAGAAAUCAGAAUGUUUCAUUUUAAUAGCAGCUACUGAGAGCAGUAGUGCCUCCUUUAAUAUUACAAGUCACUGUUUCUGACUAGUGUUUUUCGUAUAUAAUAAUAAUACACAGUAUUUAGUUUUUAUUGGUAGAAAUGGGCCAGAAUUCUAAUCAAGUGAUGCACUUUAGAUAGUAACCUUUCAGUACACUAUGAUGGCUUUUUUAAUACAGUAUAACAGCAAUAACUUUUUAAUAGGCUGUUCUUUUGUAUUUAAAGCAACUUUCACUGUUAAAAGUAGGUAAUAUUUAAUAGUCAAAUAUUAUUAUUAUUCAUGCAUAGCCUCCUGAGACCCAAACAUUUGUUUAGUAUGCAUUUUUAAUU